CAGUCGCAAUCAAAUGAUCAGUCGGUUAGUAACUGUUGAAGAGUCAAACUAAUUUUGAAUUGAUAAAAUCGAAUCUGUCAGUUAUUCAUGAAGAAUUGUUUCAUGAGAUAUAGAAAAAAAACAUCAAUCUUUUGACAAUUUAAUAAAUAAUAUUAUAUUAAUUAUCAAAGAUGCACUUGAUUCUUCUAUUAAUUUUACCGAUUCUUCGGUCAACGGAAGUAAUAGCAAGUGUCCUAGUUGCUGAUAAUACUAUGUCGAAGAUGGUAGAAUUAAACUCGGGCGCACCUUUUUGCGAGUUGUAUCACGACCGCGGAGUUAUUCAAAAGAUGAUUCUUGGUGCAGACCCGAAGAAAGUUCGCCAAAUGUCAAGUAAUUUAGUUGCUGACCUCGAAGAAACUUGUAAAGAAUCAAGGAAAAAGGGAAAAAACCAGCCUGCGGGCGGUGGCAUAAUUUAUCCAGGCACUAAAUGGUGUGGACCAGGUACUUUGGCAUCUUCUUACAAUGACUUAGGUCAUCACGCGGCGGAAGAUGCUUGCUGCAGAGAACAUGAUCAUUGUCCAGUAGUGAUAAAUCCCAAUCAAUGUUUGAACAGUAUUUGCAACAAUGCGCCAUUCACUCGGUCUCACUGUGAUUGUGAUGCUAAAUUCCGACGUUGCCUUCAAAAUUUAAACACUGAAGUAGCCAAUACACUCGGUGCGCUCUUUUUCAAUGUCAUACAAGUCACUUGCUUUAAAGAAAGACGUCCGUGUUCUGAAUGGCAAAGUUAUUACAGACAAGCGUUCCAGUGGGCGAAAUCUCCAAAAUACUGGCCAAUAUAUGCUCGAGGAUGGCGACAUCAACCAAAACCAUUGUUCAAUAAAAUAAUCAAAUUUUUCGUUAAGACUAUCAGUACUAUUAAAUGAAUAAAUAUUUCAUCAUUCCACGAUUUUAAAUGGGUUCAUAUGCUAAUUUUUUUUUUUUUUUUACGUAUUUUCAAUGGGAUAUCUUGUUAACGGAGGUGGUGGAAUUAAUGCAUGAGUUUUUAAUUAGGUGGCA